AUGUCGCGUAUUUGUAACUACGUGAGAAUUCAAAAGCGAGGGAGGAAGAUUUCCAAGAAGCACGAGAUUUCCAAGAAGCACGAGAGUGAAGGAGGUGUGAGAUGCAUGCACAUGCGCUGA